UCAAAAGGCAGACACGUUCUCUCAUCUCUGCUAAUCCUCAUCUGAUACAGCGGAUUUUCCAGCCACUAUAUCUCCAGAAAAAAAACAAAACAAGCAGUCAAACCUGCACGCACAGCCCUCGCUCGUCGUCUGUGUGCCCCCUGCUCCAGCUUUUAUUUCCUAUUGCAACAUUUCCUGGGUUAUGGAGGGGCUGGGGGCUCUGGGGCCAGACCCCCAGGAUGGUAGGGAUCUUACAGCUCAAUGGCUCUGAGCCACCUGGUGCAAGGAAGGCCAAGGGAUGCUGAUCCUGCUUCUUCAUGCGGUGGUCUUCGGCCUGCCCUGCACCCGGGCCACCGAGGCCUGUUUGCAGGCCUGCCCUGCGGCCUGCACGUGCAGCAGCAUGGAGCGUGGCUGCUCCGUGCAUUGCGACCGUGCUGGCCUCCUGCGGGUGCCCACUGAGUUUCCCUGCGAGGCGGUCUCCAUCGACCUGGACCGGAAUGGCCUGCGCAUCCUGGGCGAGCGGGCCUUCGGCACGCUACCGUCAUUGCGCCGCCUGUCGCUGCGCCACAACAACCUGUCCUUCAUCACGCCGGGCGCCUUCAAGGGUCUACCGCGCUUGGCCGAGCUGCGCCUGGCGCACAAUGGCGAGCUGCGCUAUCUGCACGCCCGAACCUUCGCGACGCUCGGUCGCCUGCGCCGCCUGGACCUGGCGGCCUGCCGCCUGUUCAGCGUGCCCGAGCGUCUCCUGGCCGAGCUGCCUGCCCUGCGCGAGCUCAAGGCCUUCGACAAUCUGUUCCGUCGCGUGCCCGGCGCGCUCCGCGGCCUGGCUAACCUGACACACGCGCACUUGGAGCGCAGCCGCAUCGAGGCGGUGGCCUCCAGCUCGUUGCGGGGCUUGGGGCGCCUGCGCUCUCUCAGCCUGCAGGCCAACCGCGUGCGGGCCGUGCACGCAGGGGCCUUUAGCGACUGCGGAGCCCUAGAACAUCUGCUGCUCAAUGACAACCUGCUUGCCGCGCUGCCUGCCACUGCCUUCCUAGGCCUGCGCCGCCUGCGCACACUCAAUCUGGGUGGCAACGAGCUGGGCCGAGUGGCGCGGGCCUGGUUCUCCGACCUGGCAGAGCUCGAGCUGCUUUACCUGGACCGCAACAGCAUCACUUUUGUGGAGGAAGGCGCCUUCCAGAACCUUUCGGGCCUCCUGGCCCUGCAUCUCAAUGGCAACCGCCUCACCGUGCUCUCCUGGACCGCUUUCCAGCAAGGCGUCUUUCUGGGCCGCCUCUUCCUCUUCCGCAACCCUUGGCGUUGUGACUGCCAUCUGGAGUGGCUGCGCGAUUGGAUGGAGGGCUCUGGGCGUGUGGCUGAUAUGGCAUGUGCCUCCCCAGGUUCGGUGGCCGGCCUGGACCUCAGCCAGGUGGUCUUUGAGCACUCCUCUGAUGGCUUGUGUAUGGACCCUGAGGAGCUGAACUUCACCACAUCCAGUCCAGGCCCCAGUCCAGAGCCAGUGGCCACCACCGUGAGCAGGUUCAGCAGCCUCCUCUCCAAGCUGCUGGCCCCAAGGGCCCCUGUGGAGGAAGUAGCCAACACCACCUGGGAGCUGGUCAACAGUUCACUGUAUGACAGCCUUCCCUCCCUUGGAGUGGAGGUCUUGGGCUGCAAGGCCAUGUUUCUCUUCGUCUCAUGCCUCUUGCUAACCCUAGCACACUCUGUAGUGUUCAGCCUACAGAGGGACUGACUUUGCCACACUGAAGUGACCCAAACCACUUUGGUCAACAGGGGAAGGCUUACUUGGCUGUGAUUUGGAGUGUCUGUAGUAAGAAGAGAGGGAAGAGGAUUGGGGUUGGUGACAAAAGUUCUUGCUCCAAAGAUAGCCCUAGGCAGAGCAACACUCUGGGAAAUGGCACCGAAGUGGGUAUACGUUUCUGCUCUUCUCACAUGGGCAUCCAUUGAAGAAAAGAAGCAUGAGCAUGCUCUCUUUUAUUUAUUUUAUUAUUAUUAUUAUUAAAAAUUUCUGCCUCCUCCCCACCUCCCAUUUCCCUCCCCUUCCCUCCA